CUGGGAAAUGGUUUAGGUGAGUUGAUUUUUUUUUUGAAUAAUAGUUUUUUUGGAAAAAAAAAGUGUUUUGUAGAGCCAGUUGAACCAUCCGCGACCAAAUGGAACUUCGAAUAUUAUGUCAAGCGUUCCGAAAUAACCAAUGAGUUCUGGAGAAAAAAGACCGUCUCGAGCACCGAUUCUUGUUGGGAGCAUUUGAUUACGAUUUUUAAUGUGAAGGAUAUUUUGCAGGUGAAUUUGGAUUUUAUGGGGAAGAGAUACUUUGAACAUUGA